UUUUUUCAUUUUUUACUAUUUCUGUGCGGAUUUGGGGAAAAUGAAUUGUGCAAGGUUCCGAAACUGGCAGGAAUAAGAUGUCAAAUUCACGUCAAAAUGAUUGCUUUAUCGCGCGUUUUAGGUUAUGUGAGAAGGGACAAUUUUAUAGCCGCAGCACGAAAAAAUUAUAUACGAAGUAUCCACUCAACAUGUAAACUGAGACACGGUGAAUACGAAAUGCAAGAUCCAAAGUCUCCGGAUGAAGUAGUCAACAUUACUUAUAUUACUAAAGAUGGAAAAAAAGUCCCUAUUAAAGGAAAAGUAGGCGAUAAUGUGCUACGCUUAGCACAGAGGUAUGAUAUUCCAAUGGAAGGUGCCUGUGAAGCGUCCUUAGCUUGUACAACGUGUCAUGUAUACAUAAAAAGUAACCAUGAACUCCCAACAGCUGAACCUGAAGAGGAAGAUUUAUUAGAUAUGGCCCCUUUUUUAAAAGAAUGUUCUAGACUUGGGUGCCAAAUUGUCUUAACAAAAGAUAUGGAAGGGCUAGAAAUUGAAUUGCCACAAGCAACUAGAAACUUUUAUGUUGAUGGACACGUCCCAACACCACAUUGAGAUUGUUUACAUUGACAAAAAUGUGACUGAAACUGAUCUUUGUUGUAGAUAUUGUUUGAAUAAUAUAAAUAAAUAUUUUAGUUAUU